AUGAAUCCACCCGAUGUGAUCAAUUGGGAGGAGGCGAUGCAACAGUGCGGUGACGAUGAAGAGUUCUUGAGAGAGCUGUUAGAAGAUCUCCGUUCAGAAACAGAUACCCAGCUUGCCAACAUUGCUGGCAUCAUUCAGCUUCGAGCUGCGUCGAUGCAAUUGGAACAGUCGGCAGCUCAGGCGCAUGAAGCCGGGGAAACCGUUGCCUCUCCAGAUAGGCAACACGCAGUCCAAGCGGGGUACGCUGCUCUGAGCAGGCAGCACACAACUAUGGUGUUUUUCUUAAAUCAAUUGAUGUGGGCUAAGAAAACAAUUUUUUGUUACGGUUGA